AUGCUGGGUUACAAGGAAGGAAAACUUCCCGGGUGGGACGGUACCUCUAUCUAUCUACGUAAUAUAGGAGUUCCAUUCCAAAACGUACAGCACGGCCUUCCACGCCACCCAAACACCUAUCGUCAAUCAACCUUCCCAUCAGCCAUUGCUCCACCAGCAGUCAGUUCUGCUCCUUUGAAUUCCGGGGCUACGGUCUUGUGUUCGGCGAACAAUCCUGUUUUUUUAUCCAUCCGUUCCUGCUGCCUUGAAGGAAUUCCCCUUCUUUUUCUUUGGCCAGAAAUGGGGGAGACGGGAACUAUGCCAAUCCCCAAUCACCAACUGAAAGAGAAACAAAACUUGAGAAAAGAAGUCAAUCGAUCAGCAAGACAUGAAGCCAGGAGCUACUUUUCUCUUAGAUUGGAGACUCAGGGGAUUACUAGAAAGAGGCUCGGCUUAGUAGGUAGCAGUCCCCUAGGUCAGACUUUGAGUUUUCUUUAUUUCCAUCUUAGAGGCUUGAAGCUGGUGAUCAAAACACUUGCUAUUUUCACAGAGUUGUCAAAGCCAAAGCUGCUAAGAGCAGAAUUCUAUCUAUCACCUCUGCUACAGGAGAUUGAGGAACCUGCUUUGAUUAAAAAGGAAUUCUUACAGCAUUUCAAGAAUUUCCUUGGAACUGCAGAUAGAUCUGCACUGGUGGCUCUUAUGACGGCUGAUGAUGUUAAGAAGACAAUCUUUCUAAAGGCAAAUAAGGCACAAGGACCUGACGGUUUUACUGCUGAAUUCUUUCAAUCCAGCUGGAGCAUUGUGGGGAAAAUAGUUACCAAAGCUAUCCUUGAAUUCUUAUCUUCCUUCAAGCCCACAGCCAGCCGAUUAUCUUCAAUGUGA